AUGACUACUAUCGCUAGUAGGAAGAUUACACAAAGAAUUUCGUGUCUUUAUUUUCUUGCUACAAUGGCUGGUGAUGUGAAAAAAGAUGUUUUAUCUAUCAACGAAGAUCGUUCAACGGUAUCGAAAUUUGAUGAAAAGACUCGUAAAUUUACAACAAGCAAAAUCUUAAACGUCUCGAAUGAUUCUCCAAUUACUACCAGCAGUUCUCGACUUCAAUGGCAACACUACGAACUAUCUCAACAAGCAUUACCAAAACGAAUCGUUUCUCCAAUGUUACCUCAAUCAACCUCGUCAUAUACUUCAUCUAUUGAGCCGACUACGUAUACACCGAAUUACGAGCAAAAUCAAUCGAGUCCAAUUGGUCAUAACGAUAUCAUCGAAGAUCUUCAAUUAUUAAUCGAACAGCGUCUACCUGAUCUAUGUAUUCUCGAUGGUGAACCAUUUCGAUUUACAAAAGGUGCGAAGUUUUAUUGCACAGUGAAAGACAUUUUAACUAGUGACGGUGAAUUUUGGGUUGAACGAGAAUUAUCUUCUGGAAAUGAACGUAAAUUUCGUCAAUUUAUUGAAAUACUCUCCUUAGUUGCUGUUAGUUACGAAUCUCUCAAACAAGUUUAUGUCGGUCAGUUAGUUGCCUUACAUUAUGAAACAUCGUGGCAUCGAGCAUUGAUUGUAUCGAAAAGUGAAGGACCAACGAUUACGACACAACCAAGCGCUCGUGUACGACUUGUUGAUUACGGUUCAUCAUUAUAUGUCAAUGUUUCGCAGUUGAAAUGGUUACCUGAACAAUUUUAUUUAUUUCCCUUUAAAGCUGUGGAAUGUAUUUUUAGUGAAGCAGUCAAACCCACCUUUUCUGAUACAAUACGUUUAACAUUUAAACAACUUGUUUUAAACAAACGUUUACGUGCUACUGUUUAUGGUAGAGAUGGUACUCGUAUUUGUAUAUUACUGAAAUGUCAAACUGAUGAAGGUAAUAUCAAUGUUUAUCGAUAUCUACGUGCACAUGAACAUAAAUCCCCACAUGGUCGAAUGCUAGCCGAUGGAGAAAUUAUUACUUGUCUACGCAAUACAAUAUUAAGUAAUACAAACAACAGUUAUUUCGAUCAAUCAAUUCAAUCAAACCGAACAAUCAGCUUAACACUACCAACCCUGACACCGCCAUCGCCGAUCAAAUUAACACGUGAUCAGUUACAUAUUAGACGCGCUGAAAUCAGUAAAAUCUGCAAAGAACCAUCGGAUGAAAACAACAUACAUCGUACUCAUUUCAACUAUGGGAUCAGAAGUAACCAUCCACCGUAUUCACCGUCGUCGCAAAGCACACCAUUUUCGGCUGGUACCGUGAUUACGCCAAUGCCACACUUAUCUUUUAUUCCGCAGUGA